CUAACGCUCCUGUGACGGUCAAGUUUGUGUGUGUGUAGAUUAGCAGGUUGAACGCAGCAGCUGCUGCACUGUUUGACGGUACCUGGCAGGGGGGAUAAAGCGGGUGAAAACGCCUCGUUAGUAUCAGACGGUUGAACAGAUAUCUAACAGUCCGCCGCCUGUUCUGAACCAGCGCAAAGCGGAGCUGAGAUGCGAACGUAGCCGUUACCAAGCGAGCCAGGCCGAGGAGAGAGCUGGCUGGCUGGCUGUACCCUUCAUCCAGACAGGAGUAUAAAUGUUUCACACGUACCAGUUUACCGAGUUUGUCGACGCUGGAGAGGAUGCGCAAGGACGUGAGGAUAUUAUUAGUGGGAGAGCCCAAAGUGGGGAAGACGUCUCUCAUCAUGUCUCUGGUCAGCGAAGAGUUCCCAGAAGUGGUUCCCUACCGAGCUGAGGAAAUCACCAUACCUGCAGAUGUCACACCAGAGAGAGUCCCCACGCACAUUGUGGACUAUUCAGAGGCCGAGCAGACAGAUGAACAGCUGUUUCAGGAGAUCUCCAAGGCAAAUGUGAUUUGCAUUGUCUACUCUGUGAACAACAAGAAGUCCAUAGAAAAGGUGACCAGCCACUGGAUCCCUCUCAUUAUUGAGAACACAGACAAGGACAGCAGGGUUCCUCUAAUCCUGGUGGGGAACAAGUCAGACCUGGUGGAGCACAGCAGCAUGGAGACCAUACUGCCCAUCAUGAACCAGUACAGUGAGAUAGAGACUUGUGUUGAGUGUUCAGCGAAGAAUCUGAAGAACAUCUCAGAGCUGUUCUACUACGCCCAAAAGGCAGUGCUGCACCCCACAGGUCCUCUCUACUGUCCCGAGAAGAAAGCUAUGAAGUCACUUUGUGUCAAAGCGCUGACUCGAAUCUUCAAAGUGUCCGACUUAGACAAUGAUGGGAUUCUCAACGAUAAUGAGCUCAACUUCUUCCAGCGGACGUGCUUCAACACCCCACUGGAGCCUCAGGCGUUGGAGGAUGUGAAAAAUGUGGUGAGGAAGAAUUUGAAUGACGGAGUGUGCAACGACGGACUCUCUCUGAAAGGCUUCCUGUUCCUCCACACCCUGUUCAUCCAGCGAGGCCGCCACGAAACGACGUGGACCGUGCUGCGGAGGUUUGGGUACGAUGACGACUUGGAGUUAAAUCAGGACUACCUCUUCCCACCGCUGAAAAUUCCUCCGGACUGCACCACAGAGCUCAACCACAAUGCCUACCUCUUCCUCCAGAGCGUCUUUGACAAACAUGACAAGGACCGUGACUGUGCCUUGUCACCAGAGGAGCUGGCGGACCUGUUUGAUGUUUUUCCCUACAUGCCCUGGGGUCCAGAUGUCAAUAACACAGUUUGCACUAAUGACCAGGGCUGGAUCACCUACCAGGGAUAUCUCUCGCAGUGGACGUUAACAACGUAUCUGGAUGUCCAGCGAUGUCUGGAGUAUUUGGGUUACCUUGGUUACUCAAUAAUUGCUGAGCAGGAGUCCCAAGCGGCAGGGAUUACAGUGACCAGAGAUAAGAAGAUUGACCUACAGAAGAAGCAGACCCAGCGCAGCGUCUUCCGCUGUAACGUCUUUGGAGACAUUGGCAGCGGCAAGAGCGGUUUCCUCCAAGCCUUCCUGGGCAGUAACCUCAUGCGCCAAAAAAUGAUAAGAGAGGAACACAGAUCCUUCUAUGCCAUCAACACAACCUAUGUUUACGGCCAGGAGAAAUACCUUCUUCUUCAUGAAGUGUUCCCUGACUUCGACUACCUGUCUGAUGCCGAUCUGGCCUGUGACAUCGUCUGCCUGGUCUAUGACGUCAGCAACCCUUACUCCUUUGAAUACUGCGCCAACGUCUUCAAGCAAUACUUCAUGGACAGCAAGACUCCAUGCAUGAUGAUAGCAACGAAGUCGGACCUGCCAGAGAUCAAACAGAUGUAUGGCUGCAGUCCUCUGGAGUUCUGUAGGAGGCACAAGAUGCCACCUCCCCAGUCCUACACAUGUAACACUGCAGCAGCACCCAGCAGAGACAUCUACACCAAACUUGCCACCAUGGCCAUGUACCCCCACGCCCGGCUGCGCUGCAUGUGCACUUGUAACCGGUGCACCUUCUGCUUGUGUCAGAACUUCCUCAACUCUGAGCUGCUGCAGACGGUCAGGGCCAAACUCUACGCUGUUGUGCUCAGAAGACAUGUGAGCCAAGCAGACCUGAAGAGCUCCACCUUCUGGCUGAGAGCGAGUGUGGGGGCCACAGUGUUUGCAGUGCUGGGCUUCGCCAUGUACAGAGUGCUGCUCAAACCACGGUGAUCCUCGGGCGACCCGAGUCCGACCCUCUUUGCACCCAUGGUACAUAUAGAGCCAUUUUGACCAGAUACAACUUUAGGCUUUCACCCUUGCAUUUUGUAAACAACAAACAUGUUGAAAAUCCAUCAUGGUUUUGUGAUUUAAUGGGUCCCAGUUGAAAAAAAUGUGUUUUGUUUUUGUGUGUGUGAGGGAAAAAAAGUGAAAAUCUUACCUGAGCAAACAUUUUCUGUCCACUUGUAAAUUUCUCUUCUUGGGAAUAAAAGAGAAACAAAUAUUUAAUUUUGUACCAAAGUUGAUAAUUUGCUGAAUCUGUUUGUUUGCAAGUAUUUGCAAAGCAAUAUAUCUAUAUUUAUACCGAAAGUGAGGGCAAGCUGCUGAUGAGCCGUGAUGAGUAACAUUAUGAGUGAGAUACAUAUAUAGCUAUUUUUUGGAUGCUUGCUGAUUGGAAUGAACAGCUUGGUGUCAGUUGUGAGGGGGAUUGUGAUGUGUGAGGUGUGCAAUAGCUCUGAUGCUUUUAUUAGACUGAACAAGAUGUAAAUAGUAUAUGUAAUAUACUAGACUGUGCAUUUGUUUGUCUUUGUCCAAAAGGGCCGUGUCUGAUUCACACUCAAAACUCUGAAUGCAAAGGUAUUAGUUUAGCAGCCUGCUCAUGAACUCGCACAAACAUUAGCAUUGAUUAUUCACACUGACAGCAACGCUCGGACGCACACUUUUUUUCCCCCUAAUGUUUGUACAUCAGAGCAGGUCAGUGUUUGAUCAGUGGAUGUGUGGACGGGUCUGCUGCUCUCUCUCAUGUCUCCCCAUAUUGGUCACUUUGUCAGCUUGUGUGUGUGUGUGUCUGUGUGUGUGUUUGUGCGUGUGUAUAUACGUAUGUGUGCGCUAAGAUGUUAAAAAUCUUCACUUUACGGCCAUUCUGUACAUUUUUGUUUGCAUGCUUUCGAAUUUCCGACCACAUUCCAGUGUUUUAAGACUUACUGUACAAAAGAAUUACCACGGCAACUUGUCUGCAUCGCUCUCCAGCUACCCGGCGAUGUAGUAAUGUUUAUUGACAGGAGCACUGAACAGAGGAUAGUUGAGUCAUAGUCAUGUCUGAUGGUCAUUUGACCUCUGUUGUGAUUGCCAGUUAGCUCUCCUGAUCACAGAAGAUGCAAUAAUGUGGCCCCAGAUGUUAAUUUCCAUGCAACUGCAACUGUUUGCCACAAGACUUAGUCUGACUUCUUCACUCAUCCCUGCCUUUACAAAAGUUUACA